UGUGGCAAUGACUUGCCUGCGAGGCAGGAGCUUCAGAGACUGCAUCAGGCAUUUCACUCGUGGCUGCAGCCAGAGCGACACAGCAAGGAGGAGAUGAUCUGCCAGGUGGUCCUGGAGCAGUUUAUGCUCAACAGGCACGGCAGUGACAGGUCUGCCCUGUGGGCGAGGUGGGAAGCAAGUGGCAAAAACCUGCAGAAAUUUAUGGACGGCCUGAGCGACGGCCCCAUGCAGCCUCCAGGCUUGGUGCACAUCCGCAUGCAGGGGCAAGAGGCGCUCUUCUCAGAGAACAUGCCCUUGAGGGAGGUCAUCGCCCAUCUCAGGAAACAGCUGUCAGUGGGAACCGCAGCUGGAGGGGGCGUGGAGGUGCCUUCCUGUGAGCCCCCUGACGCCUCGCUGGGCCGUGGACAUGGACGUGAUGGCGGAGAAGGUGAUGUGGACGCUCCUUUGCCGGCUGGCCCCGGGAAUGAUGGUGUCGCUAGACAAGGCGGUGACAUACCCUCCCUCAUCAUCAUCAGAGAGGACAUCUGGCCAGGACCCGAAGGAGGAGGCACUUCUUCGGGGAGCCCCCUCAGCUCCCCGAGGGCAGGUCUGGGCCCCUCCAGUGCCCAGGGAGGGUCCCCACAGGCGCUGCGCUCUUCAGACGCCCCCGCGGAGGCGGGGCCGGAGCCUCACCCCAGCCCUGGCCCAGGGGUUUGCUCAGAGCGUGCUCCCACCCUCCGGGACACUGAGGGCUGCUCCCGCCCGGGGGCAGAAGCUGCCCCCGCGCCCGGCGGGUCAUUCAGGUGUGAGUUGUGCCCCAAGGCCUUCAAGUACUUCUCUCGGUUCCAAGCCCACGAGAGAAGACACAGGGACGAGCGGCCGUUCGCGUGCCUCGAGUGCGGCAAAGGCUUCUUCCGGCCGUCGGACCUGCGCGUGCACCAGCGCAUCCACGCGGGCGAGAGGCCGUUCCGGUGCGGCGCCUGCGGCAAGGCCUUCGGCCACAAGACCAACCUCCUGGCCCACGAGCGCAUCCACUCGGGAGCGAAGCCCUACGUGUGCAGCCUCUGCCGGCGCAGCUACCGCCAGUCGGGCACCUUCCACCGGCACCUGCGGACGCAUCGGGGCGUGGCCCGCGCUCAAGGGCCCUCCACGGGCGCGCCCGCCCUGGCGUGA